UAAUACACUGAAUCAAUUGAAGCCUGGGCGCACAAAAGAAAAACAAUGGUGAUUUUGUAUUAUUUAAUUAAAUUAAUUAAAACAUUAAUUAGCAACUAAACCCGCCCCGGAUCAGGAGGAUCAAUCUGGGUUGGCGCGCGGCAAAACAACCGCUCACGGACUGUGACAAAGACAGAGUCCCUUCCAUGGCAUGAGGUAUCAUCCACAUCGUCAGGGUUUUGCCUGCUGGCUUUUUCAUUUUUUUUUUUUUCCCCUUGGUUUUUUGUAUAAACAAAUUUUUAUGGGUUCCUCUGUAAAUCAAUUGCUCUUCUCCUAAAUUCUUCUUACCCUUCCUAGCUCUUAAAACAACUAUUUCUUUGCGAAUCACUUUUUUUUCCUCGCUGCUCUGCAUGUCAUGCUUCAUGGGUAACUUUCAUUGAAUCCAACUUUAAUGUUUUUGGAUCACAUUAAAAUAUGGGUUUUCUUCAUCUUUCUGUCUAAGUAAGCUCCUGGUCCUCCUGGGUCAAUCCGACACAUCCCCAAUUUACAAAAAUCCCUUCGUUCUUGAUUGACCAUCAUUCUGUUUUGUCCUUUAAAUUUUCCAUCUGGGUCAGCUUCUUCUUCUUUUUUUUUUUUUUUUCCUGGAAAAAAGUUUGAACACAGUAAAACAAAUCGGCUUUAGGUUCACCAGCUGUAUACCAUGACCAACAAGAGCGUUCGUACAGAUACCCCCCAACUGUUUGCUCCAAAUCUUGAAUCAAUGUCUGCCAUUGAAUGCCAAUCUUUCAAGAAUCCCAGUAUUCCCAAAGUUGCCUCGAAUUCGAGGAUCCCAAUGGCGCAAAACAAUUUCAAGUCCCAACUAUGCAAAAAAUUCAAAUACGGUAGUUGUACCUAUGGAUAUAAAUGCCGUUUUGCCCAUGGGUCGGCGGAUGUCCGAAGGCCUUUGCUUCGUAGCCAAGGAGUUCUGAACGAAAAGGACCGAUUGGAGCUACCAAAAACGUUCAGACACCGGAAUGGGAAUGUUAGAGAAGAGUGGGCGAUAGCCAUUGAUACUAGUACUGGGUCAACAGAGUCUCAUAUCACUGGUUCGAGUAGACUGGAGGGAAAAAGAUGGGUGAACAGGAAUCUUGAUGCCAAUCGGUUGAAUCCGAAGCCAGUUAUUUUCAAAACAAAGCUGUGUUACAACUGGGACAGAACUAGAAACUGCGCUUACGGCAGAGAUUGUUGCUUUGCUCAUGGACGCGCAGAAAUGCAGAAGUUUAGCGGCCACACUUCACUGGGAUGUGGAAUUUCGCAGCCUACCAUUCCAAAGACUUGUGAUAGUGCCAAGAAUGCAUUAAGUUGUAGAACAGGGCUUGAAUUGCAGGACUUGAAGUUCACAUGGAGUGAACUUGGGAGGAUGAGUCGCAUCUAUGCUGAUUGGAUUUAGGAACUGCCUCUUCUGCAUAGCUAGCAUACAAAAUGGAAUUAGUAAUGGUAAAAGAAAGCACAAUUUUAGGUUAGUGACUCGGUAUAAAUAUAAGAAACUCCUUCUGUAUCCCUUUUAACCUGAAGUUGGAUUUGAUACUUAGCUUAACAAAGGGUCGUUUAUGUUGGUUCAGGGGUCAAAAGUAUAUACCAAAAAGUAUUCGUUUGGUAUAUGUAUGUAGAUAGUAUAAGACGUUUUAAUUUCCUUUUAAGUUCUUGUCGUCGUUCAAUGAAUUCAACGUUAUAUAUACGUGGUUCUUUUUCAAACA